UCUCGCUCAUCAAUUCACCAUUGACGGUAAUUCUCAUUCCGGCGUUGACAAAUUGACUAAAGCCAUAACAACCAACAAAAUUCGGAUUUUUCCCUUCUUUAUUUUCUUCCCGCCCAUUUCCUUCUCUCUCAUUCACCGCCUUUCUCUCUCUCUCUUCCCAACUCCUCUUUCUCUCUCUAAAAAUUUUCCUCCAUUUUCUGAGAAGAAACUCUUUUCGCUAUUAUUCAUCUUAAUUUCGAAGUAGAUUAUCAAGAAAUUCAUCCUCAGAUAUCGGAAAAUGCAGCAAGACAAUUCCGCCUCGUCAAAUAUGAUGUCAUCGGCCGGAGAUAUGUUCACUCCACCGCCGUACUCCAUUUUCUUCCACUCCGCUACUUCUCCGACGAGCUUCAACUCAACUCCAGUCAAUUCCGACGGCAAUUCCGGCAGAAACACCGACAACAUCAGCGCUAUAGCUUUGAGAAGCCUCUCUCGGAUAAUGGCGGAACACAAGGAGCUGCUCAGUCGCCACUCUGUCUGCCUCGCUCAGCUUCAGAAGACGUUCAAUGAAGCAGAGACUCUCCGGCAAGAGAACACUAACCUCCGACUCGAAAAUCUUGAGCUGAGCAACCAACUCGACCUCCUCAUCGAGGAUAGUCUCCAGAGCAGAUACCUAGCUAUGCCGUUUUCUGAUUAUCCGGAGCAGUUCGGCUCUUCAUCUCUCUCAGCGGCUGCUGAGAAGUUAGGCGGCGGCAAUGGAAGUAGCAAUGGAAGCUUCCAGAAGGAGAGAGUGAGUGGAGAUUGGGAUGAAGGAUUCUGCAGUAAUAAUCAGAAUCGACCUACUGUGAAUGAGAAGAGUCAAAAGGAGGAUUGGAAGGAGGAAAAUGCUCGUGUUGCUCUGCCUAAGAGUAUCUCAGUCAGGUCUAAUGGAUUUGUGAAGAUGAAUCAGAUUGCUGCUGGUUCAACUCAGAAGGAUUCGACUCCAGCUCGGUCUGUGACUCCGCUUCGAUCUUCAGGCAAAGUGUCUGGACCGCAAAAGGUAUAUGUGCGAGGAGGGAGCAACAAAAACGGACCAAUUGAGCUGGAAGUUUACAAUCAAGGCAUGUUCAAGACUGAGCUAUGCAACAAAUGGCAAGAGACUAAGACCUGCCCUUAUGGUGAUCAUUGCCAAUUUGCUCAUGGCAUUGAGGAGCUUCGCCCUGUCAUCCGUCACCCUCGCUACAAGACUGAGGUCUGUCGCAUGGUCCUUGCUGGUGAUCCCUGCCCUUAUGGUCAUCGCUGUCACUUUCGCCAUGCCCUCACUGACGAGGAGAAGCUCAUGCAUUCACCCAGGCUUAACUAGCCAACUCUUUUCCUGGUUACCCAAUUCAUCAUCUGCUGGAACCUAGUUGAGGUAUGAUGACUUACAAUACACCAUGAUGGUGGACUGAAUGUUUAUACUUCCGUAUGAUAAUACCUAUGAGUGAAAUAUACUAUAUAGCAUAAAAUACAUAAAAAGAUAUAAAAAUUACAUAAUCAGGAUUCAAUUAGUAAGUAUAGUGUCUAUAAUUACCAAAAAUUUAAGAAACAGGAAAUUAGAUAUCAUUGUAGCUGAGAGAAGAUAUUGAAGGUUUGCUAGCUUUUUCUGAUGCUGAAAGCGUCAGUCAAGACUCAGAGGAAAACUGGACUAGAUUUUGUAAUAAGUUCUAUUAGUUCAUGCUUUGUUCCACUAGCUACAUUUUUCCAGAGCUUGUUUGUAAAUAAGUCAUUGAAAAUCUGAAACUGCAGAGGUUUUUGAUUCAUAGUAAUGAAUCUAUACUUUGUAUAUUGUGCAUGGUUUAAUUGCAUAAUAUUCCAAGGAUAAUUGUAUAUAAGAUUAACUUUUCUGUAGUGGUAUCAAACAAGCCCUGUAAUGGUUUGAG